AUGGGUGCUCUGGCUCUCACUGCUCUGCAUCCUGCCCUCCGUCUCCCAGAGCAUGCGGUCCCCCUAGACGCCUGUGCCGCAGCCUGGCCGGAGCCCGAGCAGGAUGAGCAGCACCCUGGCUACUCCUCCGCCUCCCUGCGGAUCCUCGCCAGCAUGCCCAGCCGCACCAUCGGGCGCAGCCGUGGGGCCAUCAUCUCCCAGUACUACAACCGCACGGCCCGGCUGCGGCGCCGGAGCAGCCGCCCACCCCUGCAGCAGCUCUGCCGCACGGCGCGGCCCAGCCUGCGGCAGUAUGACCUGGAGACUGACCCUGCCAGGGCCACGCUGGAAGACAAGCGGAGCCUGCUGGUGAAGGAGAUGCUGAGCCUCUUGCCCAGCCAGCGCAGCCACAUGCUGCUCACCGUGCCCCUCAGCCUGGCAGAGAAACGCAUCCUCCGGCAGGAGCUGAUCAGGCAGAAGGCCCCCCUGAGGCAGCACACCCAGCACCGGGCCUCCUCCUCGCCCUGUGGAUGGUGCAAGGACUACAUCGUCCUCGCUUCCUCUCCCCAGGGCUGCCGGAACCUCUGGUACAGGCUCUUUUCCCUGCUCCCCGCCGCGCAGCCCUGGCACUAUGCCCUGAAGCAGAUUGGCGGCCGCUUCGGCUCCAGCGUCCUCUCCUACUUCCUCUUCCUCAAGACACUCCUCGUGUUCAACAUCUUCUUAUGCCUCAUCCUCCUUGUCUUCGUGGUGGCCCUACAGGCUGCGUAUCCCCCUGCCUCGGCCAGCCCCCAGCCCUUCACUGGCCUCGAGCUCCUCACGGGAGCGGGCUACUUCACUCACUCGCUGCUGUACUAUGGCUACUACAGCAACAUCACCCUCAACGACCCCCGCGCCUCCAGCCCCAACGGCAGCGCGUGCCCCCUCGCAGCCCCCCUGCUCCCAUACAACAUGCCGCUGGCCUACGUGUUCAGCGUUGGGGUCUCCUUCCUCAUCACCUGCAUCCUGCUGGUGUACAGCAUGUCCUGCUCCUUUGGGGAGAGCUACCGCGUGGGCAGCUAUGCGGGGGACCUGGCCGUCAAAGUCUUCUGUGCCUGGGACUUCAAGGUGAUCCAGAGGCGCUCAGUGAAGCUGCAGUGCGAGAACAUCCGCACCCAGCUGAAGGAGCUGCUCGCAGAACAGCGGUCCCGUUCCCGCUCCCUGAGCCUCUGCCAGCGCCUGGGGCAUACAGCUGUGCUUCUCCUGGCCUGGGCCCUCUCACUGAGCACAGUGCUGGGCUGCGUGCUGGCUGUGCACUACUUCUCGGAGCACAUGCACAUGAUGGCGGUCCUUGGCUUGCUCUGCUAUCAGUGGCUCAGCCGGAGAGUUGUCUGCUCGACAGAGGAGUGCUGGGAGACAUGUGUGGGGCAGGACCUGUAUCGCUUCGUGGUGAUGGACUUCAUAUUCAGCCUGAUGGACACGCUCUUUGGGGAGCUGGUCUGGAGGCUGAUCUUGGAGAAGAGGCUGAAGAGGAAGCAGAAGCCUGAGUUUGACAUCGCCCGAAACGUGCUGGAGCUGAUCUACGGGCAGACCCUGACCUGGCUGGGCGUUCUCUUCGCACCGCUCCUGCCGGCCGUGCAGAUGCUGAAGCUGCUGCUGCUGUUCUAUAUCAAAAAGACCAGCCUGAUGCAGAACUGCCAGUCCCCCAGCAAGCCCUGGCAAGCAUCUCACAUGAGCACCGUCUUCAUCACCCUGCUGUGCUUCCCGUCCUUCCUGGGUGCAGCCAUCUUCCUCUCCUACACCAUCUGGUCGGUGCGGCCGUCAGAAACCUGUGGUCCCUUCCAGGGGCUGGAAACCAUCUACAAGUCAGGGAAGACCUGGGUGCAAGUGCUGGAGAAGUCCAACCCGAACAUCACCUGGUUCACCUGGGUCCACCAGCACGUGGUGGAGAACACCUUCCUCCUGUUCUUCAUGUCCGGGGUCCUGCUAGCUGUGAUCUACUUCAACAUCCAGGUGGUGAGAGGCCAGCGGAGGAUCAUCUGCCUGCUGAAGGAGCAGAUUGCCAAUGAAGGGGAAGAUAAAAUAUUUCUCAUUCGGAAGCUUCACUCUGUUUACGAGCAGAGAGAGAAACGCACCUGA